AUGACUUCUACCCCUCCAGGAACACGCUCUUCUUAUGGGCAACCAUUUGAAGACAGCCGGGGCAUGACGGCUGGAUAUGAAGAUGCAUGGCGGAAUCGGGAUGUCCUCCAAAAGCUGCGUGCCAGAAAGGAACAGAUCGUAACUGGCGCUGGUAUGAGGCUUUCCAAUCCCCAGACCCUAGCAAAAAGGAGCUCCAUUUCUCCUGGUGCAUGCACACCAGCGGUUCACAGACACAUUACUUACCGCCGCCACCAUACUGUUUUCAUCCAACAACAAGACGAGGUGAUUAGCAACCAGAUCACAGCUGUCAAGUUGGCCCGUAAAUGUCUAUAUCACGAUCUGAGUGAUCCCGACAAGAAAGCAGAACAGCGCGUCCGACGAACCCAGAUGAAGAAACAAUUGGAUGUUAGCUGUGGCAAGCAGUGGCUGUCGCGGCUGUGGCAACAGCGAGGAGGAUAA